CGAGCUGCGAGCGCAGUGGGCGGGACGGACGGCGGUGGCUCUGUGCUGCGCUGCGCUUACUGGGCUGGGCCGGGCAACGGCGGUGACGGAGACGGCUGCAGAGGCCGAGGCGCUGACCGGGUCGUCAGCCGCCUGCUGUGGUCUCUAGCAGCCUCUUCGCGCGGCCAGCAUUCCCCGGGCGGCGUCUGGCCGUGGCGCUCAGCCUGCUAGUGAGCUGCGGUGGGCACACCCUGGCGCGGCGGCGGCAGACAGGUUAGAGUGGGGGAAGGGGCAGGCGCGGGAGCCGCUUGGGGCUAGAGAGGCAGCCCGAAGCCAGGCAGUCUCCAGCCAUGUCCGACGAGACGUCGGCCACCACUUCGUAUGAGAAGUUUCUAACCCCCGAGGAACCCUUCCCCCUUCUGGGACCCCCUCGCGGGGUGGGCACCUGCCCGAGCGAGGAGCCAGGUUGCCUGGACAUCAGCGACUUUGGCUGCCAGCUGUCCUCUUGUCAUCGCACCGAUCCGCUCCACCGCUUUCACACCAACAGGUGGAACUUAACUUCUUGUGGAACAAGCGUUGCCAGCUCAGAAUGCAGUGAGGAGCUAUUUUCAUCAGUUUCUGUUGGAGAUCAAGAUGACUGCUUUUCCCUGUUAGAUGAUCAAGACUUCACUUCUUUUGAUUUAUUCCCCGAGGGAAGUGUCUGCAGUGAUGUCUCUUCUUCUAUUAGCACAUACUGGGAUUGGUCAGAUAGCGAGUUUGAAUGGCAGUUACCGGGCAGUGACAUUGCCAGUGGGAGUGAUGUACUUUCUGAUGUCAUACCCAGUAUUCCGAGUUCACCUUGCCUGCUUCCUAAAAAGAAAAACAAGCACCAGAAUUUAGACGAACUUCCUUGGAGUGCAAUGACAAAUGAUGAGCAGGUGGAAUAUAUUGAGUAUUUGAGUCGUAAAGUCAGUACGGAGAUGGGUCUUCGGGAGCAACUUGAUAUUAUUAAAAUAAUUGAUCCUUCUGCUCAAAUCUCCCCUACAGACAGUGAAUUUAUUAUUGAACUUAACUGUCUCACAGAUGAAAAACUGAAGCAGGUCAGAAACUAUAUCAAGGAGCAUAGCCCUCGCCAACGGCCUGCAAGAGAGGCCUGGAAGAGAAGCAACUUUAGUUGUGCGAGCACCAGUGGAGUGAGCGGUGCCAGCGCCAGCGCCAGCAGCAGCAGUGCCAGCAUGGUCAGUUCUGCAAGCAGCAGUGGGUCCAGUGUUGGAAACUCUGCUUCAAACUCCAGUGCCAACAUGAGUCGAGCACACAGUGACAGCAACUUGUCUGCAAGUGCCGCAGAGCGGAUUCGGGAUUCAAAAAAGCGAUCCAAGCAGCGGAAGUUACAGCAGAAGGCCUUACGCAAGAGGCAGCUGAAAGAGCAGAGGCAGGCUCGGAAGGAGAGGCUCAGUGGGCUCUUCCUCAAUGAAGAAGUGCUGUCCUUGAAAGUGACUGAGGAAGACCAUGAAGCAGAUGUAGAUGUUUUGAUGUAAUAAGGGUGAAUUUGUCAGCAUUCUUUCUAAGCAUUAAAGUAUUCUCCUUUUAUUUGUUUACAUGCAUCUUUACCAAACUUUUGGUUAGGGCUGUGCUGAUAUACCAUUAAUAAUUUAGGCCAGUGGUUCUCAGCAGGUGGUCCCUAGACCAGCAGCCUCAGCAUCACCUGAGAAGUUGUUAGAAAGGCAUACUACCAGGCUCCAUCCCAGAUGCAGUGAAUCAUAAACUCUGGGUGAGGGGCCCAGCAUUGUGUUUUAACAAGCACCAGGUUCUUCUGCUGCACGCUCUACUUUUAAGAAUCACUAAUUUAGUAAAUGUUUUCACUAUUUAGACUUUAGGGUGGCUAAGUAGGCUUUUUCAAGAACUAGUACUUUUACAGUUUAGAAGAUUUCAAGGUACUGCUGACAAGUAGCUUAUUAUGUCAGUAUAGGUACAUAUGUCCGGAUCAUAAUUCAGUUUUCCUUCCUAAUGUUACAAUUUUUUAGUUUGCUUUUUAUAAGGGCCAUAGGAUAAGUCUCAAUUCCUAGUGGAAAUCUUGUUUUGAGGUUGUGGGUGUGGGGUGUAGAUUGCUGUUUACAAUAGUGCCUUCAUUAGGUUUAGUUUUAUUUUCAUUUAUUAUUAACUCAAAGGUGUAAAAAUAGGCCCUAAUGUCUUUCCUGUUAGGUUUGUUUCUGUUUUUCACUUUAUGUAAAUUCAGAAUCCUUUCUGUAAGUGAUGACUACUGAGGAAAUAAUGUUAGUAGUAGCUGAACUUCAGACUUGAUGCUAUAUCGAUUAAUAUUCAAAUAGAGAAAGCAAUUAAGCAAAACAGCCAAUUCUGCUUUUCCAUGGCUUUCUGAAAUUUUAGUGUGUGAAACUGUCUCUCUUAAGUUCUUUUUGAAAGUCACUUUUUUUUUCCAGCACUGCUCUAAUUUUUAAAUAUUUGGUAUAACAGCUUCUGGCAUGUGAACAAGCUGAUGUUCAAAGUUAACUAAAGAAAACCCUUACAGUUCUAAACUUCUCUAUAAAUCGCUAGAAAUACACGGAGCAGUGAGAUAUAGAAAAAAAACCUUCGCUUGUUGGCUAUUGAUAGAAGUCUAAUUUUAGAUGUGAAAUCAUGGGUUUUCUUUAAAUGUUUUCAUGGAGAGUUUGUUAUCAUGAACAUUAGAAGUAGUAUUUCUUUUCUUCUACCACAUGUCUAAACAUUCACAUGGGUUAAAGAAGAUGGAAACUGAUACUACUGACAAGCUGCUUUCUGACUUUCAUAAUUUUUAUUAUGGAUAACUUUUGGGAGGUAAUCAUGAUUCUGUAGGAGGAACUGUAAUCAAUAUUUUUUUAACUCUAGAGUCAGAGGUUAUGUCAUAGGAUCUUUACUUUUUUAAAGUAUCAUAUCAAGUGGCUCAUUAAGAAAAAGAUUAAUGACUUAAAUUUUUAAUUCUCAGUUGAUAUAAAGGCUUUUAACCUUUGCUUACAAUCAUGUGUUUUGAAAUUUUGAUUUUACUCUAGUUCCUUGAAGGUUAAAGAAUUGAAACUGAGGAUAAAAAUUGAUGUGUUGCAGCUUUGCUGAGGUCUGUGGUAUGGUUUUAAGAUUUUGAAGACUACUAAGUUCAUACUUUAAAUUUUACUAAAAUAUAAAAGUAUAUGUAUAUGGUUUUCAGUUGGAGUACUCCCUUUGACUUUCCUCUUACCCUUUCUUUGAUGCUCCUAACUUGUUUAGAGGGCCCAAAAAGAGCUUAGGGAUAGACCCCAGAAUACUUUGAGGAAGGUGGAAAGGGUCAACCUCAUUGUGUCUUCCUUCCAAGUCUAGGAAGAGCAAAUGGAGAGAAGAGCAAAUGCAGCUGAAUUCUCUGCCUGCUCUUAGCAAAAGCAAAAUUCCAGAGAAUGACUUGUCUGUUCUCUACCUAUUCUUCCCAGGAAAGUAGGCCACUUCUGGAGACCAUAGAGCAACAUUUAUCUGUUAAAUACUUGGAAACAAUUGACAAUGACCAGUAAAAGAAAAUCCUAACAGGGUCAUGAUAUAAUACGACCAUUUUUUUCACUCUCCCAACAAUCACAUAGUCUUAUUACCUUAGAUUUAACUUAAGUCACUAUUAAACAAGUUUACCAAAGCACCACAAAGCCAGUUUUAAAAGUUUAUAAGAUUUGAAUGUUUAUAGUAAAGUAUGCCAUGAGAUUUUGCGUAAAUUUGGAUGUCACGUCUUUACUAUAAACUAGAGAUUGCCUAUAAAGUUGGUUUGAAGGAGACUGAAAAUAAUUCUUCUGAUUAAAGGGAAAAAAAAAUAAAACAACUUGGCUUGCUUGUGUUAUGGAAGAGGGAGAUUACAAAAUCUCUCUCCAUCUCCUCCCCCCC